AUGGAUGUCAACCCCAUUGAGGAGGCCCCAGCAGCUGCCCUGAUGACCUCUGCUGUUGCGAAGGUCCCCACCAUUGCAAGGGUUCCUCCUGUCGUGAAGGCCUCUGCUCUCGCCCUUGGUAAAUGUCCUGCCAUGGAGGAGCUCCCAUCUGCACACCUGCAGAAGAUGCAGUCUCUCAUGACUGCCACAUCCUCCUCCUGUGUCUCUGCCAUUGGCAAGAUGUACAGUGCAGUGGUUGCCAGCUUGUCUGGCAAAUCAUCCAGUCAAAAGGAUGAGAUGGCAUAUACCUUGCCGCUGCAAUUUGCCCCUAUGGGCAUUGUGAUUACUGGUGGCAAAUGCCUGCCACAUCCCUCCUUAUGA